UUUUUUGCGCCGUGUGAUUUGUGGAGCAAUGGGCAAUUUGACAUUCGUAUUCGGCUACAUAAUUUGAGCGUUGUACCUAUAUAAAUUAUAAACACCAACCAUAUAGUUGCUCGUAAUCACCUUCCAUUCCUGCACUUUUUAACAAGUAAAGCUAUCUCGACUUUUGGCGCAAUCCUAUCGUCAGGCGAAAUUAUAGCAAUGGCUAGUAAAACUGUUUUGUUUGUAACAUUGGCCGGCAGUUUUCUGCUGGUUUCCUCGGCUUCGCUGAAUCUCUCAGGUGGUGAAACGGUCGCGGAUCCGUUCUCCGUCGGGGACACUUUAACGAAUUUGGAGACUCAAGUCAACGCGAUGAUGGAUCGCGCCCGCACCCAGCGCGACAAGCGCUACGCUUCCGACGACUGCAGCGCCCUCAUCGACGCCUCGGCGGUCGCGUACAACUCCUGCGCCCGCAUCGUGAGAGCCGGUUACACCAGCCGCAGCUGCCGGGAGACGCGCCUCAACGUGUACAUCGUUCUGGGGGCCUGCCUGCGCGAGGUCACCGGCGUGGAUCGCGAGAAUGUCUUCACCAUCUACGGCGCCUGGAAGCGGUUGGAUCUGUGAGAUGGCGAAGCGGAUGUCCGGCUGAUUCCUCCUUCUGGUCAGCGGAACACAGUACGAUGUUCUUUCAUGAAUUCAUAUAUGCGAAUGCUCAGAAAAGCUGCGAUCUUUAGUGCUUUACCAUAUUACGACCUGUGUCGAAUCAUGUCUGAAAGUUUACUUUUAGUUUGGUUGUGGUUUUUUUUCUGGUAGUUUCUGGCAGCUUAAAUGUUGCGCAUGGAUGACAUUUUUUUAUCUCAUGGUGUUCGAAAAAAAUGGGUCCUUGGUUAUUUUGCGUUUGAAGAAUACUAAAAAGUGGUGUUUG